UCAGUCUCCCCCUACUCCAGCUCUCGGUAUUCCGCUCCGACAUGAUACUGGAAGUAGAAUCAAAGUCGCCGGAGCUUAAAUUUGCAGGCGGAAUUGUCAGUAAGUUGGAUUUGUUGCUCUCAGAAGCUGACGAUGAGAGCGAGUUUUCUGAUGGGUUCUUGAUCGAGGAGGAGAAGGUGGAGGAGAUAAUGAGGGAGCUGUACAAAGAGAUAACGUCAUGUCCUUGCGCCAGCCCGACACCUGCGGCUAAUUUGCCAUCUUCGACGUCGUCGGUAUCUUCAACGUCGUCGUUAAUCCCUUUUUCCUCGCAGCCGUUUUUCGCAGUCUGCGACGUGACUGACGUCAAGAGCGACAGCUGCGGGCCGUCCUUGUCGGACUCCGCUUCCACCGUGAUGGCCGGAGUUGAGUUCGUGGGGCCCACCUUCAAGAAUGUGGCCUUGCCGGAGAUACGGAGUGGAUCGCCGGUGGAGAACGAGAUGUGGAUGGAGGGUGGAGGAAUUGACGACGGAGUUGGCGGGGUCGGAAUGGACGGCCGCGAUGGAGAGGUUGUGGAUGAUCAGUGGCUGGCGAGAGUUCUGGGGUGGGACCCAUUAGAGAUCGAUUAGUGGGACCUGAUAUUCCUUCUUCGGUUCCGUACAAAUUGUGGCCGUAUGUAGGGCAGGUUUUAGGGAAAUUGUACCCGGCCUUCUGUCAAUGAUUAAAAGUAGUGCAAAUAG